AUGGGAAAUCGAGACAGAGCAAUAGAUCUAUUCGUCGAAGCUCUUCGAUGCUCUCCAACAUAUCUCCGUUCAGACUCAUCGUCUCCCUCCGCCUCUGGUCGUACCGUGCAUGAGGUUGCCAAUAAAGUCCUCGCCGUUUCCGCCAAGCGAAGGACUUGCUGGAGCCGGGCGAUUCUUUCGGGUCAACUCAGCCUCCGAAUCUCUCAGAUCAAUAAGAAACACAAGAAGACAUCUAAAAUGACAACAUGUGGUUGCAGGUCGAAGAAAUUAGCUGUUAAGAAAAAACUGCCGCCUGUGCAGAGUAAACUGCGGGUUUUGGGAAGGUUAGUUCCUGGUUGCCGAAAGCUUGCAUUGCCUAACCUUCUAGAAGAAACGACUGAUUACAUUGAAGCUUUACAAAUGCAAGUCAAUGCCAUGACUUUCCUCACUGGCCUCCUUACCAGUGGCAACUCAUUAAUUGCUUCUUCUUCUGAUCGACUCGGCUCGGAUCAGUAG